AUGAAACUAUAUACGAUUCUACUGUGUUUGUUAAUUGUUUUUGCCUCCGCCAUCAGUAUUGUAAGUUUCUGUUAAUUUCCAAACCCUUCUAACCAAUCUCCUAUAUUACAGUAUGCUGAUGAGACGGUUGGUGACAAGUUAAAGUCGGGAGUUGAAUCGAUCUCAGAAUCCGCGAAGAAUGCCAAGGAAUCGGCCAAGGAGAAGAUGGAGCGUGUUCGUCGUAGUGUUGAAGGCGCCAAGGACGAAGCGGCCGAUGCUGUUGAAAGUGGCAAAGACAAGGCCCGCGAAGGCUACGAAUCCGCUAAGGACAAGGCCGGAAGCACUUAUGACGCUGCCAAGGACAAGGCUGGAAGUGCCUACGAUGCCACCAAGGACAAGGUCAAACAGGGUGCUGAUGCUGCCAGUAAGUUUUGUGGUUUUGUCUUCCCUUUGUGAUAGGAUUGGACUAGGCAAUAGUAUGUAUAGCUACAUAGUAUGUGAAGAUUGGGAACUGUAAUAUAAAGAGUGGAAAUAACAUGUUGUAAUAGGUGUAGUAGAUUGUAGAAUAGGUAGAAAUGAGUGCUGUGUGUUUGUUUUUUCUAUAUUUUGUGUGGAACGUUUUUUUAGGAAAAAUGUCGUCAAAUGACAUAUUUUCUAGAAAACAGAAACCUAAGGGCUUUAAUAUGUGAUUCUUUACCUAAGACUUUCUUAUUAUCGUUUCUUUGUAUCGUAAAACAAUGUCGUAUGUUGUGUGUUGUCCCAGUAAAACCGUAAAAGUCAUUCUGUAAAAGAGAUUACUGUGGCUGUGUUUAGAGGAAUGUUACAAGGACAAUUGUCCUGACGUGCCGCACAGUCGCAAACAGUUGGCAGACGACUUGUCCUACGAAUCUCGGAUGGGAUUUACACAUUCGGAAGAGUAUCUCGAACAUCUACGUAAAUUUUUCGUGUUUUGAAUGUGAAAUUUGUGUUUUUGGGAGCAAAGUCAGCUUAAGUUUAGUGUUAAUAGUUAAAGAAAUCGUUAAGAAGGACUGUAAUUAGCUAAAAAUUGAGCUAAGAAGGGCAAUAUUAGCUAAAAGUUGAGGUUUAUUUAAUUUUUUUUUGAUUGAACGAGGUAAAAAUCAGGAAUCUUGAGGCCACAAAAGAAAAAAUUAUUAGGUUGUUUUAUACCUAAAAAGGCACAAAACAUACCUAUAAGAGGACAUAACUUGGAGUAUAGAAGCUUUCAAGAUCUAUAGCUUAAGAAAAACAAGGUUAACGUAAGCAUGAGAGCAAUAUAUGUUAAGAUAAAGGUUUUAAAACCCAAAAAUUAAGUAGUUUGUAAAAUACGUUUUCAAUUAUGUUCAAAUUUUUAGAGGAAAAGCUCGGCGAAGCCAAGGAAGAAUCCAAGGGCAUCGGAGAAUCAAUCGCUGAUAAGGCUGGAUCUAUCAGUAAGUUUUGGAAGAAAUUAUAUUUUUAAAUUUUAUAAUAAUAAUAAAAUUGAAUGAUAAAAAUUAAAUUUUACAAACUUUUAAAUCAAUUUUUUUAGAAGACUCCGUCGUCGGCACCUUGAAAGACGCCGGAAGCAAAGUCGGUGAAUUCGCUGCCAACGUCAAGGACUCUGUAGUCGGUGGAGCUGAAGACGCCAAAGACUCGGCUAAGGAAACCGGCCAAGCCGCCAAGGAAAAGGCUUCAAAUGCCGCCGGUUCAGUCAAGUCUGGAGCCAGUGAUGCCGCCGAAUCCGUGAAAUCUGGAGCCAGCGACGCCGCUGACUACGUCAAGGACAAAGCUGGCCAAGCCAAGGACUACGUUGGAGAGAAGUUCGAUUCGGCCAAGGACAAGGUCGGAGACAAGGCUGAAGGCAUGAACGAUGCUAUGAGAGUACGCAGAAGCGGUGUUGGAGACGCAUGGGAAUCCACCAAGGACAAGGCCGGAAACGCUGCUGACUCUAUCAAGUCUGGAGCCAAUGACGCCGCUGAUUCGGUCAAGAGCUCGGCCAACGAUGCCGCCGAUUAUGCCAGCGACAAGUACAACGCCGCCAAGGACAAGGUUGCUGAAGCCACCAGAGACAAGAGAAACAUUGGAGAAGACAUUAAGGAAAAAGCCCAAUCAGCUGGUGAAUCAGUAAGCGAUGCCGCCUCUUCUGCUGGUGACGCCGUUGGAGAAAAGGCUAGUCAAGCUAAGGAGAAGAUUCACGAAGCUGCCAGAGAUAAGAGAGACGUCGGCGAAGACAUCAAGGACAAGGCUCAAUCUGCCGGUGAAUCCAUUUCAAACGCUGCCUCAAGCGCUGGUGAUACCGUUGGAGAGAAGGCUAACCAAGCCAAGGAGAAGAUCCGCGAAGCCACCAGAGACAAAAGAAACGUCGGCGAAGACAUCAAGAACAAGGCCGAAUCCGCUGGUGAAUCCGUAAGCGAUGCUGCAUCUUCUGCUGGUGACGCUGUUGGAGACAAGGCCAACCAAGCCAAGGACAAGAUUCAUGAAGCCACCAAGGACAAGAGAGAUGUUGGUGGCGACAUGAAGGAUACCUGGGAGAAGACUAAGGAAAAGGCUAGCGACGCUGCUGAUGCCACCAAGGAAAAGGCCGGCCAAUUGAAGGACUCGGUUCAGGAAAGAAUCCGUCGCGUCAGAGAAUCGGGUAAAGUCGGUAAGUAAAGAUUUUCGUAUCUUUGGCUAGGUUAAGAUAUUUUAAAAAGAUUUCAAUAUUUUUUGGAAAAAAAUAAAAAUUCUUAGGCUAUGACCAAGUUUUUGGGCUAUCGAAAGGAUUUUUGGUCUAAAUUAUGAUGGUUUUCUUGAUGAUUAGGUAACAUAUUAAAGUUUAAAAUAGUUUUUUAAGCUUUUUAAAGUUAAACUAUUUUUUAAAAACGCUUCAAUUUAUGUUGACUUGUGUUCGUACUGUCAUCGUCAUUCUAAAAUCAGGCUUGCGAUGCCUUUUCAUGUGUCUUAUAUUACCCUUUCGUUUCUAAAAUCUUACUUUCUCAAGCUAAAAAUGGCUGUUUUGUCUUUUAAAAAUUAAAUUUCUUCAAGCUUAAAGUUUUUGUCUUGGUUAGCUGGCUUAGGCUUAGUCUGUUAAGGUUUUAGAUGGUCUAAACUAGGCUUUGUCUUGGCUUGAGAUUGAGUAAACCAGCUAAAAAAUGGUUUUUUACCGUUCUAAAAGCUUUAAAGUCCGGUUUAUUUGGCUCAAUAAGUUUUUGCUGUUGCGAUAAGUCCACGAAAGCUUGUUCAAAGUGCAUUUUAUCCUCUGACAGUACAUUUUUUGUUUUUACCCUUUGGCAGUUUAGUUAAAUUAACCCAAAACGCUAACUUUCAGUAUUGUAGACGAUUUUUCAAAAUUUUUUCGAAAAUUAAAAUUUUAAAAAGUAGAAAAACUUAACGCGUUUAUUAGCACUGACCUAAUUGUAGACGAGGAAUGUGACCCGAGCACGGACAGUUACUACUGUAUCGGGCACGUGAUGCACAACAUUAAGCGUCGCGCGACGGACGCUGUCACGCAUCUUUACGGUUUUAUCGAAGACCCUGAUCUCGCUAUUUAAAUUAUUAUUUGUUUUUUCUCGUUUUUGUGUAUAUAUUGUGUUCAUUUUUAAAUCUCGAUAAACUUUUAUUUUCUUGUUCGUACGUUGUGUUUGUGUCGUUUUGAUUUUGAAAAAUUUGAAUUUUUUAAAGUUCUCGGGCAUUUUUUUUAAAAGUUUUAGUUUGAUAUCGGUAUUGAUUGUCUUCUCUUGAAAAUUUGAAUAGAAAAUUGUCAUAUCUUGUCCGAAAACUUUUGAAUUUUCAAAAAAAAAAGAAUUGCCAUAGAAUUAAAAAUUUUUAUGCUAAAACUGGCUUUUUGGGCUUGAGGACUUUAAAGUAGAUAAAAAAAAGGUUAAACUAACCAUAAGUUUUAAAUUUUUUCAAUCUUAAUCAACUUUUCAUCUACACUACCUUAAAGUUCAUUUUAUUAUAAAGAUCUUCACUCGCUUUGACAAAAAUUGACAAUAUUUCCCGUAUUGUCCUCCAAAGAUAACAAUUCUUCAAUAGCAAUAAGACACUUUGAUCCUCUCUCACCUUCCAUCCUUAUUCACCUUCCAAUUUCAGGCCAAGGAGCCAGUGAAGUGAAAGAAGGAGCCGGCAAAGUUGUCUCCGGAGUUGGCGAAGGUGUUGCCGAAGGAGCCACGAAUGUAGCCGGCGGAGUUGCUGGUGCUGCCGGAGCCGCAAAGGACGGUGUUGUUAACGUAGCCACUGGCGCCUACGAACACGCUGCUGAUGCUGCUGGUGCUGUCAAGGAUGGUGCUGUGAAUGUGGCCGAAGGAGCGGCUGACAAGGCCAAGCAGGGCAAAGACUCUGUAGGAAAGGGAGUUGAGAACCUGGGCAAGUCCAUCCAGAGCGAUGACAGCCAGUAA